AUGGUCGAGCCGGGGACAAGGGGGGAGGAGGAGGAGGAGGAGGAGGAGGAGGAGGAGGAGGAGGAGGAGGAGGAGGAGGAGGAGGAGGAGGAGGAGGAGGAGGAGGAGGAGGAGGAGGAGGAGGAGGAGGAGGAGGAGGAGGAGGAGGAGGAGGAGGAGGAGGAGGACGAUCAUCCCCGCCUUCCCCUCUCCCCGUCGCGAUUGUGCUCUCCUCCUCCCCUCCCUUCAUACAACCGCUGCGGGUCCACCCGCCAUUGCCCUCUCCCCUUGACCGCCGCGGGUCCACCCGCUGCCGUCUCCCUCGUGGCCGUCGUGGGCCACCCGCCGCCGCCCCUCAUGGCUACCAAUCCUCCUGCCCCCCUCCCCCCUCCCAUCGAUGCCUCGUCCGUCGACAAACUCCAACUCGCUGCGGAUCGCUCGGCCGUCAACUGGCACUCCUUCGUUGGCAGCGUUCGCCGCGUCCUCCAGGAUGCCUUCAUCGGACUUUACUGCGUCCUCGACGUCCUGCUUCGCCACCCGCAUGCCCUCCAACCAACGCCCCCCACUCACCCUGGUGAACCUCCUCCUCUCCCUCCCCCUCCUGGCCCUCCUCCUCCCGAGCCUGACCUGCCACGUGCCGCUACUCCCGAGCUCCAAGCUGCAGCUGAUGCCACGUUUCUCCACAACCGCCGCAAAUACCUCAUCCGCAAGGCCGCCCACGAUGCUGCAGUGCGCGACUACGACUCCGUCGGCGUCCUCUUCCAAGAAUAUUUCUCCAUAACCCUUGCCACUUGUGAUGGAGCAGUCGACUACGUCGGGCGAAUGCAGGAAGUCGCCGAUCGCCUCGCAGCCCGCCAGGCUGCCCUCCCAGAAGCACUGCAGAUUCACCGCUUACUCUUCAAUCUCACCCCAGAAUACGAGUCUCGCCUCCACGCCUUCACCGAAGCAAACCCCUUUGCUAGCCUUCAUGAGGUUGCGCAGUGGAUCAUUGACACGGAGGUCAAACUCCGCACUCCCAUCGUCAACCUCACCACCCCUCAGUCCUCCUCCUUCUCCCUCAAUGCCACGCAGCAGCGCGGUGGUCGCAACGGCAGCAGGGGUGGUCGUGGGGGGGGCGGAGGUGGAGGUGGUCGGGGCAGAGGUGGUGGUGGUGGCAGUGGUGGUGGCCGUGGUGGCCGUGGUGGUGGUGGUAGUAGUGGUGCUUGUGGCACCCUUGCUGGAGGACCUUCCGGAACCGGUGGUGCUGUGACUCGAGGCGGUCGCCCUGGAACUCUCCCCCCAUGCAUGUAUGUUCGCCGCCAUGGUCCCCAUGCUGGUACUCCUUGCGGUCAAACCAACCAUCCUCCUAUCACGUGCUUCAAGGCGCUCGAUGACGCCUAG